AUGGCUGACCUACCAACUAUCCGCUGGGGCAUUAUCACCACCGGGCUAAUAGCCUCCUGGUUCGUGGAAGACCUCGUCCUCGACCGCCCCGACGCCAAAGUAAAGCACAUCAUUCAAUCAAUCGGCUCAUCAAGUCUCGAGAAAGGCCAGAAAUUUGCAAGACAAUACUGCCCCAACCAAAACCCCCAGCUCUACGACUCAUACAACAAAGUCUACAAUGACCCCAACGUCGAUAUCGUGUACAUCGGCACUCCACAUGGGUACCACUACCGAGACUGCCUGCAAGCCAUAGCAGCAGGCAAAAACAUACUCUGUGAGAAAUCGUUCGCCAUAAACGCACAACAAGCGAGAGAAGUAUUCGACGCGACGAAGAAAAAGAACGUAUACAUCGCCGAAGCAAUGUGGCUCCGUCAUAGACCCUUAUAUCGAAAGUUACAAGAAUUGCUGCACCAGGAUAAAGUGAUCGGAGAAAUUACCCGCGUCUACUCGGAUUUCGCCGUAGAGCUCGAUAUCCCCUCUCUACCAUCUACAUCUCGCUAUAAGGAUUUGUCACUUGGUGCGGGGUCCUUGCUUGAUAUUGGCGUUUACUCUCUUACGUGGUUGGCGGGUGGACUUGAAGAUAAGGGGUCUGAGAAUACAGAUUUGCCGCGUAUUCUGGCUUCGCAGAGACACGAAGAUGGAAUUGAGGUUAGUACUGUUGCUAUUCUUGAGUAUCCCGAUGGUCGUCAGGGGAUAUCAAGCUGUACUACCAAGGCGAAGGGGGCUCCGAGCAGAAUCUUUGCUGUUUACCAUGGUACCAAUGGACAUAUUGAAGUGAGUGGUGAUGCGCCCUCUGUUCCUGAGUCGUUUACGGUGUGGGCGAGACAAAAGGAUCCCGGAAGUGCGGACAAGGUUUUAUUUGAUAAAGAAGAUUAUGAGAAGAAGGUAUAUACUUUCCCUAAGGUGGGACGGGGGUUCGUGUGGGAGGCUGAGAAUACUGCGUUGGAUGUUCUUGAGGGACGAAAGGAGAGCAGGAUUGUGCCGUGGGCGACGACGAUGCAUAUUCUGGAGAUUAUGGAUGAGAUUAGACGUCAAGGUGGAACUGUGUAUCCGGGAGAGUAA